AUCUCUUCUUUCAAGGCAUCGAGAUCCGAGAGAAUAGUUGCCACAUCAUCAAGGUAUUGUGUCAUAGUUUUGGUACCUUUACGAAGAGUGUGGAGUUUGUCCCGAAGCUGAUAAACAUGAGCGGUGGACACGGAGUUGUACCGUGCGGCCAAAGCAUCCCAGAGGGCAGCAGAUGUGGUGAAGCCGCGAGCAUGUUUGUGAACGGAGGGGCUGAUGACCGCUAGGAGGCAGGCGCGGAUCUGUGUGUCAACGAUGGUCCAGGAGGUAUACUCUGGAUUAGGGACGGUUUUAUCGUUUUUGGAGAUAGUUGGCGCCGGGGCUGCUUCAUGACCAUCAAUCCAUCCAAGGAGAAGAUUAGCUGAAAGAGCUGUUUGGACAUUGAGAGACCAUGCCAGAUAAUUUGUUUCGUCCAUCUCCAUCGCCCCACCAUGUCUGAGAAAGUCUCCGUCACCGGCACGUCGUCAUCCUCGCCGACUCCCCACCUGGCGUUCACAACUAUUUCAGACGUCAAGCUACAUGUACUGAUCCUUCUCAGCUUUUCCGAGCCCAACUACAAGAAGUGGAGCCGGCUCUUUCUUCUUCUCAUCCGCUGGUUCUCCCUCGGCGACUUCCUCACCGGCAAGUCGUCCCCGUCAAGCACCGACGACGCCGAAUGGUUUCAACUUGACGCCCUUAUUCAAGGGUGGAUCUUGUCUACUGUUAAUGAUGAGAUCUGUGAUCUCGUUCUCUCCACCACAAAUUCCGCCUCCGAAUUAUGGACAUCGAUCUACAAUCUCUUCCAUGACAACAAAGCGGCUCGGGCGAUGACACUCAAGCACCAAUUCCGCAUAACCACGAAGGGUUCUCUCUCUAUGGCCGCCUAUUGUCAAACCCUUCGCAACCUCGCGGAUUGGUUGGAUGAUGUGGAUGCCUCAGUUUCUGAAUAACAACUUGUUCUCCAAGUCCUCCGUGGCCUCCCGGACGACCUUCGGGCUCAAACUUCGUUCCUACAAUAUCAAACACCGCCCCCAACCUUUCUUCAAACUCGCUCGGCCCUUCUCAUUGAACAACAGCGGCAAGAAUUGGGGACCGGCGGCGUCGCGGGGGACGGUGGAACGGUGCUUUACGCCGGCAGUGGGGGUCCC